GUUGAGCAGUAGGCGACUUGCAUGAGAAACCAGAGAAUUUUUCCCCGUUCGUGAAACUAUUUCACAGACAUUCGACAGUACUGGGCCUGUUUCCGCACAUUGUCCAUUGAGUUAGGAGCGAGGCGCGCCUCUUUCUAAUCUGAUUUAAUCUUUUAAACCCUAAAGCCUAUUCACAGCGACAUACUUCUGCGACCAUAGCCGAGGGACUACACUCUAAAAGAGGCGACGAGGAGAAAAAGAGACCCGCUCGUUGGACGGCCUGCAGUUACAGCCGCGGUGAUAUGUUGGACUUGGUUCCGUCAAGUAGACUCGCCACUUACGGCUCUGUCACAGUAGUGACGGUCAUCAGCCUGGUUCUCCUGCGGAAGUGGAUCGCGGGUGGGGUGUGCCGCAGUCGAGUGCGCCUUGAUGGCAAGACGGUUCUCAUCACCGGCGCCAACACCGGAAUCGGCAAGGAGACUGCCCGGGAUAUGGCCUUCAGAGGGGCACGGGUGGUGAUGGCGUGCCGGGACCUGGCGCGGGCAGAGAAGGCUGCCGCGGAGAUCCGCGGCACGACGGGCAACCAGAACGUGGCGGUCCGCCAGCUGGACCUGGCGUCCCUCCGCUCCGUACGCCAGUUUGUUGGGGAAUACGAGGCCAGCGAGGACCGACUGGACAUCCUCAUCAACAACGCUGGAGUGAUGAUGUGCCCCAAGGGGCUGACGGAGGACGGGUACGAGACCCAGCUGGCUGUCAAUCAUCUGGGGCACUUCCUGCUCACCAUCCUCCUCCUGGAGAAGCUGAAGAGCUCCGCCCCCAGCCGGGUCGUCACCGUGUCCAGCAUUGCCCACAGAGGCGGGAAGAUCCACUUUGACGAUCUCUGCUUCGAAAAGACGCCGUACGAUUCGCUGGUCAGCUACAGGCAGAGCAAACUGGCCAAUGUCCUCUUCUCCAGGGAGCUGGCUCGCAGGAUGAAAGGUACGGGGGUGACCUCCUACGCGCUGCACCCCGGCGUGAUCCGCACCGAGCUGAGCCGGCACCUGGAGCUGGGCUACCCCGUCCUGGGGGUGCUGCUGACCGUCCCGGCCUUCCUCCUGAUGAAGACCCCGCGGGAGGGCGCCCAGACCUCCGUCCACUGCGCCGUCGCCGCGGGGCUGGAGGGCAAGUCGGGCUGCUACUUCAGUGACUGUGCAGUGAAGGAGCCGGCCCCUGAGGGGCGGGACGACCUCACGGCUCUCAGGCUCUGGGAGGUCAGUGCCCGGCUGGUGGGGUACGAGGACAGAGGCUGACCCCCCCCCCAGAAAGAUAUGUACAAAUUUUGGAGCAACAUAUGCUGCCACCCAGACGCCGUCUUCUCCUGGGACGUCCCUGCAUUUUACAGCAGGACAACACCAAACCACAUUCUGCCCGAAUUACAAGUGCAUGGCUGCGUGAGCAGAGAGUGCGGGUGCUAGAUUGGCCUGCCUGCAGUCCUGACCAGUCCCGGAUUGAGAAUGUGUGGGGCAUUAUGAAGCGCAAGGCGCAGGGCCUUCGUUGUCGCAUUUUGCGCUUCAUAAUGCGCCACACAUUGUGCAGCUGAAGACCUGCAUAAUGGAAGAACGGGGGGAAAUUAUGCUUGCUGAUCUUAACCGACUGGUGUCUUCAGUGCCCAAACGCUUACUAAGUGUUAUUAAAAUAAAUGGUGAUGUUACACAGUGGUAGACACUUGACUGUCCAAACUUUUUUGGAGCGUGUUGCAGUCAUCAGAUUUUAAAUGAGUGUAUAUUUUCAAAAAACAAUUAAAUUCACAAGGUAAAACAUAAUAAUGUUCUGUUGUAGUGUUUUCAAUACAUUACAGGGUGAAUAGAAUUUACAUUAUCACUCCUUUUUGUUUUAUUUGCAUUUUCCAUACUUUCCCAACUUUUUUGGAAUUGGGGUUGUGUUUGCAUUUAUAUAAUCUUGAGUUCCUUCACAGCUGAUAGUAUUUGUUUAUUAAUAAUAUAAAUAGAAGUUUUGAUAAAUUAAUUUUCUUUUUUCUUUAAAGGCUGCGUGUAUAUUUAUGUGUAUUUCUUUGUCUUUUAGUUUGAUAAGCCUGCCUUGUAAUGGUUUUCUGGAAUGAUAAUUUCAAAAUAAGUACGAUUUUUGCAUUAAAGGCUGGUGUAAUUCCA